ACAGGUUCGAGAUCUAAGAAACGAGUCGUUUUCCAGGAUCAACCGUUAUCUUCAAAUGAGGAGACGGCUCUCUACCUCCAGAUUUCAUGAAAUCAAGCUGAGUUAGUGAAAUUUGAUGCAUAAAAGAAGAUUAUUGUGUAGUAGUAUUAAUGGAAGCCAGUUCAUCGCCAUGCGCCUCCUGCAAAUUGCUACGGCGGCGCUGCACAAAGGACUGCAUUUUUGCCCCAUAUUUCCCUCCCAAUGACCCUCUCAAGUUCGCCAUUGUUCAUAAGAUCUUCGGCGCCAGCAACGUCAGCAAAAUGUUGCAGAAUGUCUCAGUUGAUCAAAGAGCGGAUACUGUGAGUAGUAUAGUAUAUGAAGCAAAUGCUAGAAUGCGAGAUCCCGUAUAUGGAUGUGUAGGAAUAAUCUCAUUUCUGCAAAAUGAAGUGUCCCAAUUGAAAAUGCAACUAGCAGAAGUACAGGCGGAGAUCUUAAGUUUUCAAAUGCAGCAGCCCGUAGCUCCAAUGACAUUCCCGACGACCCAAAUGGAUCAGAGUUACAUGUUUGAACAUUCAAGUAAUUAAGUUUGAUCACUCGUGAGUACUCAAAGCUCAAGUGAGUAAUGAUCGUUCUUUUUACCU